AUGAUUGUUUAUCAACCACUCACACAUCUCAUGGCAGCCCGUGAGACGAGAGAGUUCAUAACGAAGCUGAAUGAAUCUCCUGUGAAAGACUUCAGGUAACUUUUUACUAACAAUUUAUAUUUCUCUCUAGCUUUCUUUCUUAUAUCACAUGUUUUUUCACUGGGAUAUUUUGGUUUGAUGUGAAUUACUCUGCAACAUACAUCUUGUAAUACAAUUGCAAGAGUAGAAAUAUGCAAUUUGGAUGGGGUGUAUGAGUAACCCUUUGUCAUUCUUAUGCAAACCAGCAUUUCGUGUCUGCAAGUUUUUACAGUAGUUUGUCCAUCAAUGGUGAACAAUUCAGAAACACUGAAGAACUUAAAUGGAAUUAAACCUGAUUUUUUUCUUCACGAUUUCAGGGUCAUCCACUCGGCCAUUAAUGAAUUUUCAGAUUCAGAAAAUGGGCCAGCUGCCUACUCUUUACACCACGCUGGCAAUGAAAAAUAUGAAGAUUUCAUUGAUGGAAUAUCAACGUCUUUGAGUCGCCAAUGA